CGGUGUUCAGUACGAUUUCGUUCGUGCGGCGGUCAACGUGAAAAAAGCUCGAGAUCUGCGGCACUAUCAGUGAUCGACAGUUGCCCGAUCGACGAUCCACGAUCCGCGAUCAACGAUCCCUAACCCAAGGCGCGCGUAAAUACAGUACGAAAUCGUACUUCUCACAUUGAUAAAAAGUACACACAAAAACGAGUGACGAGAAAUUAAAUUGUGUGCGGGCGUUGUGCAAAAAAUGAAAGAUUGAAAAAGUGUAAAUCAUAUAAGCGUAACGGUAACGGCAGGAGAAAAAAGUGCACAGAAACGUCGCAACUAAUCCCAACUAAAAAUACACCGCACAGCAGAUAAAAGCACAAUCUCGCGGCACUCGCGGAUUUUUAUUUUUAGUUUUUACAACGAACUCACGUGUCUAACGACAUUUUGACAGCCGAGAUACAAAUCUCUUCUUUGGUUUUUAUUUUUUGCGAGAAGCCUGCGCACGUGACCAGCCAUUAAUGAAUGAGACACUAGAGAUAGAGAAAAGCCUAGAGGUACAGGGUAAAGUGAGAGAGCGCGACAAGUGAUAACGCCGCGAAGAAAGAAAUCCCGAAAUCUUAUGCAAAUAUCGAGAGCCACAAAAAAGUGAAACGCAAAAAAUCAAGUUUAAAAGUCAAGAGUCACAAACAAAAUUCAAUAAACAAUGCUUUGAAAGUUCAAAGCUACAAAACAACAAAUGUUAAUUGUGCAAAAUAUACAAAAGUAUAUUAGAUUAUCUCUCCCGAAACCAAAAGCGGUAGAGUGAGUAAAAUAAGCCAAAAAUAUUAGGUGCAAACAAGUGGCUAAGACUAGAUUGCUUUCAAGAAUAUCUAAUUAAUUAGUUUAAAUAUGAAUAAUUGACGGAAUAAUAAUAAUCCUAUUCAAACUGAAAGUGACGAAUAAUAUUGGAAUUAAAAUCCCGGCUACACUUAAACGCUUGACAAUUUGUCAAAUAUUCAAUUAGUCAGUCUGCCACUUCACUUAGUUAGUCGAACGGCUAACAAUAGACAAUUGUUGGGGCAAUCAACGUCGAAACAAUCAAAAAGCAGCCAGCAGUGUGACAGGAACAGCCGCGGAUCGCCACACAGAGAGGGCAAAUCGAGUCGGUUUGACAAUAUGUUGAGCCCCCAUAAUGAAGGAAAUUGAUACGGAGACAACAGUAGUAUGGCCAGCCUGGUGUUAUUCCGGUAACGCACCCACUGACAUUCUGCAGCAGAAGCCCGCCAAGGCCACUACCGCCAUUGUGGGCGGUCGCAGCGCAGCCCAACCCACGGCGACCCACGAGGACCAGCAAGCGGCCAUUGUCACCAGUGCCACGGCGAGCAGUGCCACCAAGCGGAAGCACCUCGAACGGCUCGCCAGCGAUCUUAGGCAGCUGGGACAGGGUCAGGCUAGGAGCUCCAAGCCCCAGGAACUCCAAGCGAAGAUGCUUAGCGAGCGAUCGCUGCUGCUCAGCGGAUAUGGAGCCAUCGAGAGCAGUGCCAAGAAGCUGAGCGAGGCGGCCACUGGCGGGGCGGGCGGAGCGGUCAGUCAGGCCGCCACGCCCACCACCACCCACUUGGGCACGGGUAUGUCCACCACCUCCUCUUCCUCAUCGUCUGCGUCCUCCUCGAAUCCAAACACCGCCUCGGUGGCUGCCGCCUAUGCUGCGUUGUAUUUGGAGAAGGUCAAGCACGAGAAGUUGUCGCCGCAGCUGCAGCAGAUGGACAACCACAAGGAUGCCCUGAUAGAGGCCAAGCCUAUGGUUACCAUUCACAACAACAACAAUAAUAACACCAUCAACAACAACAACAGCAGCAGUAACAGCAGCGGCAGUAGCAACAAUCACCAGCAAUCGAGUCAGCAGCAGCAAUCGCAUCUGGGGCUCAGCGUGAAGAGGGAGCGCCUCAGUCCCGGUAGCAACAGCAGCAGCCACAACGGAGAAGUUACCGUCAGCUCAUUUGCCAGAUCUCGCAGCGCCACGCCCUCCUCGUCUUCUUUUCGCGGCGGCGGUGGUGUCUCACCCAACCAGCAACAUAGCCAGCGCCUGAGUCCGCCUAAUGCUCCAACCGGGGGAGCAGCAACAUCAUCGGGAGGAGGCACCGCCACGCACAUGCCGGUGCACAAUUUGUCAACGAAUUUGCUGAAUAGCAUCCAACAGGCCGCCGCCAGUCAGCAGCAUCGCAACAGCAGCAGCAGCAGCAACAGUGGCAGCAAGGCGGAAAGUGGAGCGGCAUCGAGUAGCGGCGCCUCGGAUUUCUCCAAUCGCAACUACUCGGACAUAAUGCGGUGUCUGGCGGCCAAGUACAAUAACACCAAUCCCAAUGACAACAAUGUAACACGACGCAAUUCCUACUACGAUGGCAACAGCGCCAGCACUUCGUCGCCAGCGGGAACUGGAGGUGGACCCGGAUCCGGAGCAGGAGCCACCACCUCUGCCCCAAGCUCUGGUCUCAAAUCGUCCAACAGCAGCACCAGCACUAGCAACAGUUGCCCUAAUCCCGCCAAGAAGCACUCGCCAUCGGCAGCUGCGAAUUCCGCUGCCGUCAGUUUGCCCAAGGAGACCAAAGUGAGCGUGUCCGGUGGAGGAGGAGGCAGCAACUUGGGCGUGGGUGGUACGGCAGCCAGUGGUGGUGCCUCGUCACUGGCACAGCUAGUUCCGCCACCCGCCGCACCGUCGCCCACAGAGCAGGCCAAGAGCCAAAUGGCCGCCGUGGUGGCUGCGGCUAGUGUCUCGCCGUUCAUGACCAACUUUCUGCCCUUCUCGUCCGGCAUUUUCCCGCCGCUGAUAGACAUGAGCAGCACACAGGCGCUGCUGACGCUGGCGCGUGCUGUCAAAGAUGCCGAAAUCCAAGAGAUUCUGCGCAGCAAGCAACAGCGCCCCGGCUCGAAUGCCUCGUCGCCGAGCGCGAGUGCGGCGGGCACGCCGCGUUCCAACUCCACUCUGAAUGCGGCACUGCAGCAGGCAGCCCAAUUUGUAACCCCCGCCCUCAUCUACUCGGCGCAACUGCAGCAGCAACAGCAGCAGCAUCAACGGCAGCAGCAGCAGCAACAAUCGCAUCACGCUUCGCGCCAGUCUAGUCCACGCUCCACCAACGAUGCCUCCGCAGUGGCGCCCAUGGGAGGCGGCGGCGGUGGUGGCCCCUCGAUUGCGUCGGCGGCGCCACUGGACUUGAGCUCCCAGCCGCCGGCCGCCAAGCGCUUUAAGGCCGAGCGUCGUGCCAGUUCCACGGCGACAACGGCCACCACAGCCUCGGCCACUUCCACACCAUCCCCGCCGCCGUUGGAUCAGCAGCAGCAACACGAUGAGAUCCAUUCUGGCAACGCCAACGCAGGAACAGCAACAGGAGCCGGAGCGGGAUCGGGAGCUGGCAGAGCCCGCAGACGGUGUCAGGCGCAGAGUGUGGAGGUAAACUCCUGGUCCGUGGACGAUGUGUGCGGCUUUGUGGGUGGAAUUGAUAUAUGCGCCGAAUACGUUCAGUCGUUCCGCGAUCAGUCCAUCGACGGCACUGGCCUGCCGCUCUUAACCGAGGAUCACUUGGUUAACUCGCUGGGCAUGAAGCUGGGGCCGGCUCUCAAGCUGCGCUCCAUAUUGGCGAGGAAAUUGGGCGGGCCGUGUCCGUGCGUUGCAUGCGUUGCGCAGGCGCAACAAAUGCUGGCACUGCAGACGACGGGCGGGGCAGGGACAGCACCGGCAGCAUCAGCAGGAGCCGCAACAGGAGCCACAGCUAGUUGCAGCUUCAAGACGGAGAUCUUCAAUGGCGGCAGCAGCAACGGCAGCAGCACCAGCAGCAGCAGCGGCAGCAACAGCGACAACAACAGCAACUGCAACAGCAAUCAGGGCAGCGAUGUUGCCCUCGCCUCUGCACCAGCCCCAGCUAGCUCGCCCGGCGCUGGCAGCAUGUUGCUGCCAGUGUUGCCGUGCAGCGGCGAGGCCAGCUAGUUGGCUCAAACAUACCUAAUUGCAUUUCGACUGCAAAACUGUUGUACCAAAUGAGCUUUCGAAGGACCAGAAGAUGAAUCGGAGGGGAGAGACCCUAACCCUAGUGUAUAGAUUAAGCAGUAAAUAUGUAAUUUAAAGCUAGCUAAAGUUGUAAACUUUAAGUGACGACGGCAACAAUAAUCGCAAAGUCUUCCAUUUGCAAGCACACAAAACCACAAAAAAAAAAAAAAAAAAACAAAAGCAAAUCAUAUUUGUAUAACAUUUAUCAAUUUAUUAGUCAAUUUAAUGAGAGCGAGUUAGAGUUUUCGUUUACGUACUUAAGUGCAAAGCGCAUUUGCAUUGAUUUUAUUUAUUUCUAUGACUUUUCUUCGUUUUUAACUGCUAGUCAGUAAACAUAUAUUUAAUAGAAUUCCGUAUGAUGAGAAGCAAACUUAAAAAUUCAAUUUUAUUGCUUAGCGAAUCGAAGUAAAAGGCUAUUUAUUUUUAUAUAUAUAAAUAUUGUUAAACCCAAAAUGCUUUGUUCAAAUUUAAGAAAUUUAUAUACGAUACAUAUACCUUUUCUGCGGCCAUGCACAGAGGAAUUCAAAAUUCAACAUUUAGAUCUGUACGUCCUUUUUUAAGAGCUCCAAGACUUGAAACAACACACAAAAGAAAACAAAAACCAGCAAAUAGAAAGCGUAUUUUAUAAUUUCCUUGUACAUAUUGUUUAUUUAAUUAUUUGUAAGCGAGAGACACACACAAAAACAUUUUCUAUGCAACUUAAAGAAGAGAAGCUGAAGAAGCAGAAGCAUAUUUCUCAACAAAUAGGAAUGAAAAUAAAUUUGAUUUAUUAUUUACAUUUAAUGAACUAUAGCUAUUUUUCACAAGCUGAAGCAAAUAAAUUAUACCAGUUAUCAUACAAACAACAAA